GUAGUGACACCUGUGGAGACGGAAUUCAGUUUGAAAGAGGUGGAAAAAAACAGAAGAGACAACCAGGAAGUUCAACAGGGGAGGAAACGUAUUACUUCGAAGGACUAUCAAACUUUACAGUGAAUACAUCGAAUUGCAAAGGUUUUGAUUAAGUGCCAGUUCAACUUUAAAACAAGUGAAUCCAUCUACUGGUGGCUAGGACAACCCUAUUGUCUCCAACAAGAUGGAUUUCGAUGCGGAGAGAGGAGAGCCAGUACCAGCACCAGAGCCCCAGGACAAGGUGCAGACUCUGAGGGAUCAGGUGGAUGGAGUCAAAGACAUCAUGACACAGAACGUGGAUCGGAUCCUGGCACGAGGAGAGAGACUGGACGACCUCAUGGGGAAGUCAGAGGACCUACAAGCAGGGGCUCAACACUUCAAGCAGACGUCUCAGAAAGUCGCUCGCUCCUACUGGUGGAAGAACGUCAAGCUGGUGGUGGUCAUUAUUGUGGUGGUCCUAAUAAUCGUCCUCAUCAUCAUCCUGUUGGCCACUGGAGUCAUCCCUGUCGGUGCUCCUCUUCCUCCUAUGGUGGAGCCCACCAAGAAGCCAUAAACACAAACAACUGUACAUAUACAACAACAACAACAACAUUCCAUGCACAGUGUGAGAAAUAAUAUAUAUAUAUAUAUAUAUAAAUACAUACAUCGACUUGAGUAAAUCGGUACUGUCUGGUGAAACCUUUCCUUCUAGCUUUGUUCUGGUGAGGCACCCAUCAUGAUACUGCUUUGGUUUAGGGCACUUUAAUGACACACCAACAUCCCAGACACAACUCCAGUUGAUGCAUUUGUGCUAAAGUAUAAAUGGAAUCUUCUGUCCUAUGUGUUUCACCUGACAGUAGGAAAUAUACAAGACUGUUUAAAAACUGUUUAACUACCAGCGGUUACUUACUGUGGAAAACAGGAAGCCCCUUAAACUGUAAAGAUGAAGAUGAAGUAUUUAAUUCAAAUUAAAUACUCCCUCUUUUUAGAAUUUCAGUUUGUCACCUAAGAGUGCUUCGAACGACAGAGUAAAUUAUUUAAAGUAUAAAAUAAAGGCAGUUUGAUGAAGAUGAAUGGUGAGAUUGAGGGAUUGUGUAAAAAAUGAAAGGUCACAACUUGUUUAAAUGUCUUGUCUUUAAAAAAAGGGACAGAGGGACAUCUAAUAAAUAAAUAAAAUUGCAGAUGAUUUAUCUUUCUAACCCAAUCUAACAUCUGAAUUCACAUCGUCUCAGCUUCACAGCCAUUGCAUACUAGAUAUUAUGUGAAUGGUUUUUCACAACUUCAAGACUCAAGAUAUAAAUUUAAUUGUGUGGUUUGAAACUUUAGUUUAGAUUUCUCACUGGCCAGCAGUGGUACUGCACUACGAACUGCUGUUUCAUGCGGUUUCUAAUACUCUAAUGGGCCAGCAAUCUGUUAUAUAAACACAUAUGAGUCAAAACAAGGCACAGAUUAGAAAUAGAAGACACAAAAAUGUUACCCAUGUUCAUUUGUGGAGCUGCAUCAAGUUUAUUUUUUAUGAACUGGGACUUUGGGGGGGGCGUUAUUAAUUGUUUAUUACCACAGUUUCCUUGUUUUAGUCACAGAGAGAAGAAUAACUUAAUGUAUACAACUAUUUGUUACUUUGUUAGAAUAUGGCAUGUUUCUACUGCAUUUGUUGUAGGGUCAGCAUUGCUUAUUAGUGCAAUGGAUUAGACAGAGAAUCUUACUGUAACAAAGCAUGUUGGUGAGAUUCACAUGCCACUGACACUGCACCUUUGCAUUGACUUUACACACAGUAACACCAAAGUGUCCCCUUCCAAUCAGCUAUAUAUAGAUACUGCCAAUUAAUCCCUCUUUAUUUAUUUAUCCUUCUUCAGAGUUGGGUUAAGACCUAGAAAGUGAAGCUACUUCAUUUUUAAGGUGUGUUUAAUGAUUCAGCAGUAAUAAUCAUCCAGAGCGGAUUUGUAAAUGUGUGCAGUUUUACUUAGCCUUUUUUUUUCUUUUACUAGUCAUGUUAAUUUCUUGUCCUCCCACUAUGUUUUAGCUUGAGAAUUGUUGCAGCUUCAGUUUUAGGUCUUUGGUCAGGCAGCUGUGAAAGAGAUGUGUUUUACCUGUGUCAACCGAACAGCAGCUUUCAUCCAAACGUGUCUUUAAUCACACAUCUGUAAUAGCACAUGACGUGCUGUUACAGAUUUAUUUUAUCAUCAGAAAUGUCUAAUUGAUGCUGGAUAUUAUCCAUACAAUGCUCUCUGUAUAUUAACUGUAUUUUCUUAAGAGUGUUUAUUAAGAAUCCACAUGUUACUAAACUUAAGUUUUUCUAAUAACGGGGUCAAUGAAAUUUCUAUGUGAUCUUACUUCAAAAGGGCAAACAUUCCUCUUCUUUUAUUGAUUAUAAUGUAGCACAGCCGUCUUUAUAUGUAAAUGAGGGUCUUCGUUCUCUGGUUCUUCCUGCCCUUAUGACUUCAUGCUGUUCUGUGAGGUCAAAGUCCUUAUUGUGAUUUUGCUGCUGUAUGGUUUCUUCGUUUAAUAGAAUUGUUUCAUUCAUUCUAUGGUUUCACUAAAAUAAACAAUUUACUUACACA